CAGUCAGCGGUUGCCAUGGCGACGUUUGACGUCACGGUCCCGCGCCCUGCCCCUGCUCCAGGGGCUGGUGUGAUUGGAGGGAAACCCCGUGCACCAGAUCGAAACGGACCGCCGGAGGAGUGUGGCUUUGUAGCCCGAGCGAGUCGACAGUCACCGCGGACGCAGUCAGACCCAGCAACAAUGGACAAGACAGAGCUGGUACAGAAGGCUAAGCUGGCCGAGCAGGCAGAGCGCUAUGACGACAUGGCAUCAGCCAUGAAGGAAGUUACGGAGCAAGGUGGCGAGCUCUCAAACGAGGAGCGCAACCUGCUCUCUGUGGCCUACAAGAAUGUGGUGGGUGCCCGGCGCUCCUCCUGGCGCGUCAUAUCCAGCAUCGAGCAGAAGACUGAGGGUGGUGAGAAGAAGCAGCAGAUGUCCAGGGAAUACCGAGAGAAGAUUGAGAAGGAGCUCAAGGAGAUCUGCAAUGAUGUGCUGGGUCUGCUAGACAAGUACCUCAUCCCCAAAGCUACCCCAGCUGAAAGCAAAGUGUUUUACCUGAAAAUGAAAGGAGAUUACUACCGCUACUUAGCAGAGGUUGCCGUGGGAGAGCAGAAAAACGAAAUCAUCAGCAGCUCACAGGAAGCAUACCAAGCUGCCUUUGACAUCAGUAAGGAAGAAAUGCAGCCCACGCACCCCAUCCGCCUGGGCCUGGCGCUCAACUUUUCCGUCUUCUACUAUGAGAUCCUUAAUUUGCCGAGUAAGGCCUGUGAUCUGGCGAAGACGGCUUUUGACGAGGCAAUCGCAGAACUUGAUUCACUGAACGAAGAUUCAUACAAAGACAGCACACUGAUCAUGCAGCUACUGAGAGACAACUUGACACUGUGGACUUCUGACAGCCAGGGUGAGACCGAGGACGCCGAGGAUGGCAAGAACAACUGAAACACCAGAUUUUUUCCGGUUGUUAUUUCAGCCCGUCGUCAACACUGAGAUCACCUUGCAUCCCAGUUUUUUUUUUUUUUUUUUUUUUAAAAAGGUCUUUCACCGGUUUUUUUUGUCCCAUUUGUGGUUUUUUUUUGGGGGGGGGGAUUGGACAUGUUUCCUUUUCAUGCGAAAAGCAAAUGGGUAGGGGCUCUAACACAUGCAACGUGACGAGUCUACUAUGUCAGUUAUAUACUGUAUGUGUGUUCUUCAUAUGUAAAACAUUAUGAAGUGUUAGAUGUUGUUUGGAUACAGCUAUGUUUCUCUGCAAAGCCAACAUGGAACCAUCCUCAGUAUGGAGGAGGUUUAGUAUAGCUAGUAGAGUGUCUGGACAUGAAUUAUUGGAAUAACAGACUCGCCACCAGAAUCAUGAACUGUACCAAUGGGCAGAAAACUCAACAUUCCAUUUACUGUAAUCUGCUCGGAUGUUUUUCUUCACUACCCCUCAUCUUGGGUGACCAGCAAAAGCCAUUAUUUAACAGUUACGAGGUGUAGAUAACUAGGAGCUAAGCAAGCACUUAAAAGGCGUGAUACUCUUACAGUAACGUGUUUUGAGCAGAGCGGUAAAUUUCCCAUUUUGCUUAUGGUAGUCACUGUUUUUCAAAUUAGGGAUUUUUUUAAAAAUCUUUCUUUUGAUACUUGCCUAAAAUCAUGUGGCUAAGUAGUCAGUGUGGAGGACAAUUUGGCUGUCGGGCUGACUAGCUUUGUUUUGUGUCUGGAAUUUUCAUAUGGAGCACCCAAGUGUAACUGUUAAUUGGAGGGAAUGCGUAAUUUCAUGUGGAAUUAAAAAAAAAAAAAAAAUUAAAA